AUGGCCAAAGACUGUAUCUCCUUGAAGGGAUCAAAGCAAUGCCCCGCGUUCCAUUCGGCUUCCAUCUCUACCAGCUCCAGCUUGGUCGGUCAAUAUCCUUUCCUCCAAUACGUCUCCAAUCUCGACGACUUUGAUAAAAAGCUCGGCUCGUACGUUCAAAACGAUUAUGUCAAAACCAAGUACCAGGACCUCCUCGGAUGCGAAGGUUUGGACCUCAAGAACACCACUUCUCUCUAUGCUCGAUAUACGACCAGCGUAAUUUGUAAUGGAAUAAUUCAAAACUCGAAAGAGCCGUGUGGCUUGUCGGAUGACCAUUCGAGGCCCCUCUGUGCAGAGAGCUGUGCUUUGGCGGCUACGAGUGAAGAGAUCAUUGCCGUCAACCCGGACCUAUGUCGUUCUCCCAAGAGCAAUUUCAUGGACCAGAUCCGCGCCGACUUUACCGUGUGCGCCAUCCCAGCCAACUCGUUAUCAGGUCAAUGCAUACCGGGUGCCGACAACGAGCCAAACGAGUGCGGGUUCGGACCCAAUCUUCUAGGUUUAUGCGGUUUCUGUGCACAGAGUUCAGUCAAUGGCACCGACACUUGCUGCUAUGCAUCGAACGCCAGUACCCGCUGCAAGGACGUCAAGCUCCCUACCAUCACCUCGGUACCGCCGCUAUUUCCGUACCCAACCACCUCGUCGACUCCCUCGUCCACCGCAGGACCAGGUAACAAAGGUCUCUCCGGCGGUCAGAUUGCCGGCAUCGCGGUUGGAACAGUGUCGGCAUGCGCUCUACUAAUCGCAUUGGCAGUUUUAUUCCUCCUUUGGCGACGACGUCAAAGGAACGAAUCCGCAGGAAGCAUAUUCAACCAGCCUAGCCCUCCUCGAACCAUGGCCACGGCACCAUCAUAUCCUGCUGCCAGCUCGGCCAACAAGCAGAAUGUAUACGAAGCCAUUCCCGGAGGCCGUGUCGCACGCAUGUCAGCACUCCAAGGCGGCGCCACCAGCAACGCCCCCUCAAGUCGCGCAGCAGAAUCCAACAAGUACCAUGACUCGGAUUCAGACGUAUUCGGAGAUAGCCCAGCCGGCGGUAGGUCGAGACGUAUACCGCCAGUUACCGGAAGGAGAAACGGCUCACUUUCCAGUGCGUCCGUCCUCGCUGGCGAUGGCGAAACGUUGUCUCCCAAAUCCGGUAGCGGCGGACAGUUCUCGUCUCCCGAGGGCCUCACCAGCGGCCAGUCAGAGCAACUUCCAUAUUUCAGAGACUACUACUCACAGGAUGAUGUCCACCCGAACGACAAGGUUGCCGUUCUCUGGGCAUACCAGCCUCGUGCGGCCGAUGAGUUUGAGCUAGACAGAGGCGACAUGUUGAAGAUUGUCGGUAUAUGGGACGACGGUUGGGCGACUGGUGUUCGCAUCAACGAGGGGGCAGAGGACUAUGAUGGAAAAAACAAGCACAACCCACACAGAGACAGCGGCGUCUCUCAGGGGUCAGAGGCACGACCACCAUCUUCGCCGGCUGCAGGAGAGAUAAAAGCAUUCCCACUUGUCUGUGUAUGCCUCCCCGAGCACUGGCGAAAAACAAUUGACGGCUACGUUGAAGGAGGCGACCAAGACCCUCCAAUUUAA